AUGUCUACAUCAAUACAGAAUAGAACUAUAGAGUUUCAACAAUGUGUAAAUAAUUAUGAAAAAAUCAAUAGGAAACAAAAUAAAACAAGAAUUCAGCCACCAGCACAACCACCAAAAAAAUCACAAUUCAGUCAACAAGCAAGUAUUAUAGCGAAAGAUAUAUCAAAUGUAACUGAGCUCUUGGGGAAAUUGGCCAUUUUAGCUAAAAGGAAACCGUUAUUUGAUGAUAAACCAAUUGAAAUUGGAGAAUUGACAUAUGUAAUAAAACAAGACAUUUUCAAAAUUGAAACAAAUAUACAAAAUUUACAAAAAUAUAUUAAGGGAGAACUGUCAAUAACUAUAGACUCUCAAACUACUCAAUUUAGUAAAAAUGUUUUAACAUUACUUAAUUCUAAAAUGAAGAAUAUAUCUGGAGAAUUUAAAAAUGUUUUGGAAGUUAGGCAAAAGAAUGAAAUAAUGAAUAAAAAUAGACAAGAUAAUUUCCUAUCAUCCGUUUCAAAUAAUAGAACAUUAAAUAGUGCGUCUCCAUUAAAUGUUGAACAUAAUUCAAAUGGUACAGAUAAAUCACUAAGUAAUUUAAAUGAAAAUCCUUUUCUAGUUCAACAACAACCACAACAACAAUUCAAAUCAACGAGAAAUCCCGAAGCAGAUCCAGAAAUAUAUUCACCUUAUGAUAAUGAUCAAUAUCUAUCAUUACCGAAUCAACAACAGCAACAAAUGUUAUUGAUGGAGGAACAGAAUAGUGGACAACAAUAUUUACAACUGAGAAAUAGAGCAGUAGAAAGCAUAGAGAGUACUAUAAAUGAAGUAGGGAAUUUGUUUCAACAAUUAGCAACUAUGGUUAGUGAACAGGGUGAACAAAUUCAAAGAAUUGAUGCAAAUGUAGAAGAUAUUAAUAUAAAUAUAAGUGGUGCUCAAAGAGAACUAUUGAAAUAUUAUGCUCAUAUCACAAGUAAUAGAUGGUUAUUUUUAAAAAUAUUCGGAGUAUUGAUAGUUUUCUUCUUUUUAUGGGUAUUAGUUAGUUAG